UGGUAUUUUGUAUUAUACAGUACUCAAAUAAUAAUAAUUAAGCAAAUUUAUUUUGCCAAGGAAUUUGUCCAGCUUCGGAAACAAAGUAGCUAGCGAACUUCGUUCUAGUAUCAUUCACUGACAAACUGCCUCGUAUCGAUUUUGAGCGUGUGAGUUCAUUUAGUUCAGAAUCUAUAUCCAUUGCCGUAUCUGCUAUAUUUCUAUUUAGGCCUUCUUCUUUGUGAAUAAAAUUUUGGAGAAUGCAACAUGCUUUAACGAUAUCACUUGCAAGAUUAAUGGAUACAUUCAAUGGGCAGUGAAAAAUCCUCCAUUUAUUAGUCAUUAUUCCAAAUGAACAUUCGAUAAAACGUCUUACUCUGCUUAAACGGUAAUUAAAAAUUCGCUUGGUUUGGUCUAGUUCUCGACCACCAUAAGGACGAAGUAAAUUCAUAUGCAAUGCAAAAGCUUCAUCGCCUACUAGUUCAUAAGGAGCCUGUACAUCGGUAUUUGGAAGCUGCCUAGGAGUUGGGAAAAUGGUAAUGAAAAAAUGGGCAAACAUAAGAGACAAUUGGAUGAAAUGCCAUAAAAAAAUAAACGAGGAGAAAAAAUCUGGUGCUGGGGCUAAGAAAAUACGCAAAUAUUUGUUUUACGAAGAGCUACGAUUCCUUCAAAAAAUUGCAGAUCACCGAGUGACUUUUUCAAAUAUUUCCGAAAAUGAUGACCAGUCUAAUACCGAAGCUUUGAAUGCCCAAACUGAUGCUGCCAUUGCGAUAGCCGAAACGCAAAAUCUGCCACGAGCAGAAAAAAAUAUUUGCACAAAAAAAAAAUCCAAAAGCAAAGUAGGCUCUAAUGAUCUAGACGAGAAAAUGAGGAAGGUUAUCGAUGCUUCACUGGAACAGAACCAAACCCGAAUGAUGUCUUUUUUUCGGGGUAUUGCCCCAACAGUAGAAACAUUUUCUGAUGAAGAUAUCGUCACAUUUCAGUAUGAAGUGAUGAAAAUAAUUAAAAAUAUUACAUGCAAAAAACAAAGUAGUCAACAUUUUACACAACAAUCCGAAAGUUUGUUCCAUGAAUUACAUUCACCGCGUUAUGAAUUGCAAACCACAGCAGGUCCAUCAUCAACAACAGCCUCAUGGAGAAAUUCAGAUCAGUAUAAUCAAAGUUACUCUACAACACACAAUUCGCAACAGUCAACGAACAUCAAUAAUUCUUCGGUCUGUGAACAGAUUUAUCCACAGACCUAUACUAGCCCACAAUCUAGUUGUUCCAAUGAUACAGUUUAUGAUUUUGCUACUUAAUAUGGUUUUCCGUUACAGGUUUUUUUAAUUAGCUCAAUGUUAAUUUGUGUUAUUAUCUGUAGACAGAAUAUUUUUUUUUAUUCUGUUUGUAAC